AUGCAGUCGGGAAGCAACGAGCCAGCCGCUCCGUCGGCCGCCGACAACUCCAACGACCACGACCUCGACGGCGAGCAGAUCACAUCGUCGAGGGCGAGCUUCGAGGACGCCCCGCAAGAACCGCAAGAACAGAGCAUCUCCAACUCGGCCAAGAGUCACCCCUCGGAAGACAGGGCGCCGAGCGAGGAUGCCGGCAGCAGACCCGCCUCGCAGAAGGAGCCCAGCAGGAGACCGUCGGCGGCGGCGGCAGCAGCAGGAGAGCGUCGCAAGAACAGGAGGCCGCGGUCACGACCGGCGAGUCGCGCGGGAGCCCGGUGGCGACGCGCCGGCGCGGCCUCGGUGGCGGCUGUCUCCAGGGAGCGGGCGCCGGGCGACGACAACCGCGAGACGUUCCGCGACUCGACCAUCACGGCGGUCAGCGAGAGCACGGCGCUGAUGCUCGGGCGGGACGGGGCGCCCAAGACGACGUCGGCGGACCCGUCGGCGCCGCCCGGGGUCCUCGCGGGCAUCGGCGAGGACGACGACGACGACGACGGCGACGAGCUGGAGCCGCUGACCAAGUACGUGGACUGGACCGAGCACAUCUCCAUCUCCAUCGGCCCCUUCGUCAUCCUCUUCUUCGACCUCGCGCUGCCCGUGUGCAUCUACUACAGCUGGCUGCGGGCGCGGCGCAACGAGCGCCGCGAGGCCUGCCAGGGCGCGUACGACGCCGGCGUCGAGUGCGGGCUGCCGCCCGUGCAGACGAUCGAGAGCAGGAUCCUCGGCUUCGCCAUCAUCGCCUUCGGCUUCGGCGAGGUGUACAUCCUCGUGGUGCGCGUGUACCGGCUCAUCGCGCGCUUCGACGAGUGCGCGCCGCUGCUGUCCAAGCACUGGUGGGAGCUGGACGCCACGACGUGGGUGUACACGCUCGGCCUCAUCGCCGCGCUGGUGCCGUUCGUGUGCUCGACGACCGUGUACGAGCCCGACGUGGUGACGUGGCUGUACCUGUACUCGCCGGCCUUCAUGUUCAUGGUGCUGGACGUCAUCGCCUUCAUGACGCUGAUCCCGAUCCGCAUCCCGUUCCGCAUCAACUCGGACCCCAAGGGCUCGCGGCUCAAGCCCAUCGUCUACUACGCGGCCGAGGACUUCUUCGCCGUCGACGGCGCGCAGAACCGCGAGUUCCGGCGCAAGUACGUGGCGCGGUACGAGAAGUCGAUGAUGUUCCGCAAGAUGAUCCUCGAGCUGACGCUGUUCUGGAUCGGCGGGUGCACCUGCUACAUCGGCUACGUGGCCGCCAUGAUCUGGAACCUCGAGUUCGAGCGCGCCUUUGGCUCGACGCUGGGUGUGCUGUUUGGGUGGAUCAUAAUCUGGGGCGUGGCCGCGAGGUUUUGGAUCGAAUACGCAAUCAAGCGAGAGCAGAAGUGGUGGAAAGAGACCAGGGCCGGAAGAGAGUCGGCCAAGCUCCAGUGA